AUGGCUCGCUCCUCUCAGCCCUCUGGCUGGAGGGAGAUGACAAAUGGAGGGGGGCACCCCCACGUCAACAGUGGAGGCCAGUCUGGGGGUUCCCACAGCACCACGCGCUACAUGCUGAAGAAACAGCAGCGCCACAGACGCAGGUCCUCCUCACCAAUGGGCAGGGUCAUCCUCAUCAACGCACCUGUUGAUGGAGGGGAUGACAGUGAAGACAUUCACACGGUGACAGUAGAUAAGAGUCCAGAUGGGCAUCUGGGUUUCAGUGUCCGCGGGGGCUCCGAACAUGGACUUGGCAUAUUUGUCAGCAAGGUGGAGGACGACAGCUCUGCAGAGCAGGCUGGGCUCACUGUGGGUGAUAAGCUGGUGGAGGUGAAUGGGGUCAGCCUGGAGAGCAUCACCAUGAGCAGCGCUGUGAAGGUCCUGACAGGCAACAACAGGCUGAGGAUGGUGGUGAGACGGGUGGGCAAGAUCCCCGGCAUCCGCUACUCCAAGGAGAAGACCACAUGGGUGGAUCUGAUUCACCGGCGGAUGGUGGUGGAGGAGAGCGGUCGCACGCCGUCAGAGGCCAGUUCAGACAGCGCUCUCCGCAGGAUCGUUCAUCUCUUCACCACCUCAGAUGACUACUGUCUGGGCUUCAACAUUAGAGGAGGCAAAGAGUUUGGACUGGGAAUUUAUGUUUCUAAAUUGGAUCCGGGUGGGCUUGCAGAACAGCACGGCAUCAAAAUGGGCGAUCAAAUCCUCGCAGCCAACGGGGUCAGCUUUGACGACAUUACACAUAGCAAUGCUGUGGAGGUGCUGAAGAGCCACACCCAUGUCAUGUUGACCAUCAGGGAAGCUGGGAGAUACCCUGCCUACAAGGAGAUGGUGGCAGAAUACGGCUGGCUCGACAAACUAGCCAAUGGGGGCCCUCCACCAUCCUUCCAGGGUUCAGACUCCAACUCCUCCGCCUCCUCCUUGUCCUCCAGCACCCCCCUCAGCUCCCUCAGUGGUCUCUCCCAGGUCCUUUUCCCUCCUGUCUUUGGCUCCGAGAUGGUAGACGUCGCCAUCUCCACAGAGGGCCACUCCCGACGUCCAAGCAGCGCCGAGCGAACUGCUGACACCGCCAUACAGACCGACCCCCACCCUCCAAACUACCUGGACCACCCUUCGCCUAAUGGGUCCUGCCCCGACAGGCUGGUUUCCACAGAAACCAGCCGGACUGUAGGUGCCACAGUGUUGCUGAAGGACACGGUCAUACGUGGGAAAGGGGAAGGACCCAGGGAGAUGGGAGGAGCUGGGGAAGGAGGGCAGGGACGGACGAGGACACUGUCAUCAGGGGACCAGGAAGUAGAGAAACACUCACCUAAAACUGCAGCACUGAUGGCCCUGAGCCGCCCACGGAAGCCAAUCAGACGUUCCCAGAGCCACAUCACUGCGUCAGAGGACAGACAAAAGAAGAAGAGGCAACAGAAGGAGAAGCGCUCUGCAGAGGGUAAAACCAGCCUGCAGCGGUCCAAAACCUUUGUCAACUUGUUAUUUAAGAAAGACCGUAAAGAGAAGAGUCGCUCCAAGUCACCGUCUCACCAUGCUGACAAAGAUAAGGAGCGGGGUCGUCCCUUCCAGCUCUUGACCUCCCCGAGGGAAUCCCGUGCUGGGGUUAAAGACAGCAGCCCGCUGCCCCGACCGGAGACCCUGCAGCACGUGGAGGACAUGGCAAAGAAACUGCUCAUCCACGAUGAGGUGGCUGCCGUGAUGAGACACUGCCGGCGAUUUUUGUCCGACAAUGUGAUUGAAGAUUUGGUACGUCCCCUUUUGGCAAUCUUGGACAGGCCAGAGAAACUGCUACUUCUCAGAGAAAUAAGAAUGCUGAUACCUACUGCUGAGUUGGGUCGGUUUGACAGCAUGGUCAUGCCGUUUGAGCUGGAGGCGUACGAUAUUCUCAAGAGUCGCUCUGUGCGCUCUCCAGCUCUGCGCUCCCCUCGCAGUGGGACCCCUCGACGUCACCUCAUCACCCCAAUCCCAGACUACAGGGGUGGGUUCCACCUCCAGCCGGUCCAGGACACACUACGGGAGCGUCAGUUGGUUGAGGAGCUGGAGAGACUGCGUUUGUCUGGCCAACAGUCAGGCCAUGUGCCUCCAUCCCGUGCCUUCACCCCGCUGCUGGAUGUCUCUGUGGACAACUACACCUCCUCCACUGCGCGCUCCCGCUCCCUCAGCCCUUCACCCACCCACAGCUCCCUCCUCGCAGAAUCCCCACAGAGCACGCAACGUGGGCGCCAUCCCCAUCGCUCCCCAAACAGAAGAGAGAACGGGGCAUCCCGGUACGAGGAGGUCUCCUUGUUGACGGUGUCCGACUGCGGAGAUGUGUCUCCUGAACGAGGGAGGUCACCUGUGAGGAACGGCCGUGGGAGAGCAAGGAGGGAGGCGAGUCCUGACAGCAUAGAUGGCAGAAUGAGCAGGCAGGAGGGCUACACAGAGGUCAGCGUACGCGUUCCUUCACAGCGACGGGCAAGGGCCCCUUUAGCUGAUGUGUUUGAGCCCCAGAGAGACAAGAGUCCAACCACGGACAGAGGGAGCAGUCAGCAGCUAAAUGGACAUUCACUAAAUGGUCACGGUGUAAAAAGAAGAGUAACUCUGCCAACCGAGGAGUAUGAAAUCAACACUCUGACCAUCUCCAAGGCCAAGCAGUCACUGGGUAUUAGUAUCUCUGGUGGUAUGGAGUCCAGAGUCCAGCCCAUGAUAAAGAUUGAGAGAAUCUUCCCAGGAGGAGCUGCAUCUACAAAUGAAGCUCUGAGGGCGGGGUAUGAGCUAUUGUCCGUGGAUGGCGAGAGUCUGCAGGGAGUGACCCAUCAACACGCGGUGGACGUAAUUCGCAGUGCGUUCAGCAACAAGGCCAAAGACCCGAUGGUUUUUGUGGUCAAGGUCCCCAAGGUCCUUACCACCCCCAUCAGCCCCAGGAGACCUGCUGACUAA